AUGGCUGCCACUAAGCAUUCACUCGCUGACAGCGAGGAUCGACCCACCAAGAAGACCAAGGUCGACUCCGAAGAGAAGGCUCGCCUAAAGGCUGAGAAGCGAGAGCGCAAGGAGAAGAAGAAGAGCCAAGAGUCUGAGCCUAGUGCUGAGAACUCUGAUGCUGACCGUGCUGCUGAGAAGGAGCGCAAGAAGGCUAAGAAGGCCAAGAAGCUGGAGAAGAAGCAGAAGCUGGCCGAAGCUGAGGCAUCUGCUGAGCCUGCUGCCGAAGUCUCUGAUGAGGCUCCCAAGAAGUCCAAGAAGGAGAAGAAGACUACCACUACCGAAGCCUCUUCUAACUCCGAGGCUCCCUCAAGCGGCUCUUACAUUCAAACCAUUGCGCUCUCUAACGUUCCCCAAGCUGAGAUUGACGAGUUUCUCUCCAAGAACGAAAUCCACAUUACCGACCCCAAGACCGAGAACGUUACUCUUCGCCCCGUCCUGGAAUUCCACCAGCUCCCUGCUACAAACCUCCUCGAGAAGAAGCCCUCACCAUUCGCCAACUAUAAGGCGCCCACACCCAUUCAGUCCGCUUCAUGGCCUUUCACCCUCUCUGGCCGUGAUGUGAUUGGUGUUGCCGAGACAGGAUCCGGAAAGACAAUGGCUUUCGCGCUUCCCUGUGUUGAGGCCAUCUCUGCCCUCAAGCACAAGCACACCAAGGCUGUUGUUGUUUCGCCUACACGAGAACUCGCUAUGCAGACCUAUGAGCAGAUGGCUUCCGUUGCGGCUCUCAACAGGAUGAAGUGUGUCUGCCUCUACGGUGGUGCUUCCAAGGAUGACCAGCGAAACCUCCUCAACCGUGGUGCUGACAUCAUUGUCGCAACACCCGGUCGUCUUAAAGAUUUCAUGUCCGAUGGAACUGUCGAUCUUAGCCACUCGGCCUUCGCCGUUCUUGACGAGGCCGACCGUAUGCUUGACAAGGGUUUCGAGGAGGAUAUUAAGAUGAUUCUCAGCUCUUGCCCUCCUCGCGAGAAGCGCCAGACACUCAUGUUCACAGCUACAUGGCCUCAGUCGGUCCAGACGCUCGCAGCCACCUUCAUGGUUAGCCCCGUCAAGAUCGCCAUUGGAUCCGGUGGCAAGGAGACUGCUGGUGGAGCUGUUGAGCUCCAGGCCAACGCAAGAAUCUCACAGAGCGUUGAGGUUCUUGAGCCCAGAGGGAAGGAAUUCCGUCUCCUCGAGGUCCUGAAGGAGCACCAGCAGGGAAGCAAGAAGAACGACCGUAUUCUGGUUUUCUGCUUGUACAAGAAGGAGGCCACUCGUAUUGAGAACUUCCUGAGCCGCAAGGGUAUCCGCGUUGGUGGUAUCCACGGUGAUUUGCGACAGGAGCAGCGAACAAGGAGUCUCGAGGCCUUUAAGUCUGGACAAACUCCUGUUCUUGUUGCUACUGAUGUCGCUGCCCGUGGUCUUGAUAUUCCCGAGGUCAAGCUCGUUAUCAACGUUACAUUCCCCUUGACCAUUGAGGACUACGUCCACCGUAUCGGACGAACCGGCCGAGCUGGCAAGACCGGCCAGGCUAUCACUUUCUUUACUGUUGAGGACAAGUCUCACUCCGGCUCUCUCGUCAACAUUCUCCGAGGUGCCAACCAGCCCGUGCCCGAGGACCUCCUCAAGUUCGGCACCACUGUUAAGAAGAAGGCUCACGACAUGUACGGCGCUUUCUUCAAGGAUGUCGACAUGAACGCAAAGUCCACCAAGAUCACAUUUGAUUAG